AUGACUAGACUUGGUAAUAUUAUUAAACAAAUUGAAAGUCUUAAUACACUUGUUAUACGUCAAAUUUUUCAACCAGAUCGUUCAGAUUUAAAUGAAAAUGAUAAUGAUGAAUUGACUCAUAGGAUAUUAACACAUAAAUCAUCUUCUCUUCGUUCAGUUGAACUUCAAUAUCCUUAUCAUUACUUGAACAUAUCAAAUAAUACAUCCAUAGGUUCAAAUCUUACAUCAUUUAAUUUACGGAUUACUGGUUCACCUUCAACUGUAUCUAUUCAUUCAGUUUCACGAGUUUUUCGUCUUUGUCAUAAAAUACGAUAUCUAGUCAUUGUAUUAUACAAUGACAAACGAUUUGAAAAUACUAAUAUUAAUGUUCCAAAUGAUCUGCCAUCUGCGAAUGAAAAUGAUCUACCUAUAUUAUCACAAUUGACAUCUUCCGAAUUAAUGCUUGGCACUGUGUGUGAUGUUUGGUCGAUUUCAUAUAUUUUACGUUGUAUGUCUAAUCUCAAGCAUGUUUAUUUUCAACUUCUCGUACAAACAUCAUGGCCAUUUACUAAUGAAUAUCUUGAUGGAUAUGUAUGGCAAGAAAUGUUGGAGCUUUAUCUUCCAUGUUUAUUUAAAUUUGAAUUUCAUAUGUCUCUAACGAAAAGAUUGCCAAAAUUAGAUUUAGAUUUUGUUGUUAAUUCAUUUAAUUAUUUUGUUAACAAAUAUUCUAAUUUGGAAAUGAUUAUUGAUCGAUGGAUAUACGGUCGUGAAAUUGUUAUGUUACGAACAUUGAAUUAUACGAAAUCCAAAUUAAUUGGAAACAUAAAUGUUCCUUUUAUUACUUGUAGAACAUUUGAAACACGAUCAACGAGAAAAACAACAGAUGAUCAUUAUUCUUUUUAUUCUAAGAUACAAACGUUAAAAUUAUAUGUAGAUAAUGAAAGAUGUAAUGUUACUUGGUCUUCUCCUUUAUUUCAACAUAUUACUUGUCUUCUCGUAGAAGUACCAAUAAUAAAUCAUCAUGGUGGAACAAUUUAUUCAAUAUUGCUUCGAGUAUAUUCAUUUCAUAAUUGUGUAUUUAUUAUUGAUCUAUUUAUCAUUCGAUUGGAACAAUUAUCUUAUCUCAAAAUUUUUUAUGAUCAAGAUACAUUAGUUGAUGAUCCUUUUACACAUGAAUAUAUCAUUACAAAACGUUGUCAAACAUUUCCCUUUAACAUUAUUGAUGAGCAGAUGGUUAAUGUCAAAAAUAAUGGUCAAGUUAUUGAAAUUUGGUUAUCAUGA